UUUUCGUAACCGUCUGACCUGUUAUCAUUAUGCCGCCAAAAGCAAGUGGAAAAGCCGUGAAAAAAUCUGGUAAAGCCCAGAAAAACAUCACCAAGUCCGACAAGAAAAAUCGUAAGAAGAAGAGGAAGGAAAGUUACGCUAUCUACAUCUACAAAGUGUUGAAGCAGGUCCAUCCUGACACUGGUGUCUCCUCCAAGGCCAUGAGCAUCAUGAACAGCUUCGUCAACGAUAUCUUCGAACGUAUCGCUGCUGAGGCUUCACGAUUAGCUCACUACAACAAGCGUUCCACCAUCACCUCCCGGGAAAUUCAAACUGCUGUUCGUCUUCUGUUACCCGGUGAAUUGGCCAAGCACGCCGUCAGUGAAGGAACUAAAGCUGUCACUAAAUACACCAGCUCUAAGUAAAUUACCUUAUCUCGACCAAACUUAAAUCAUUCAAACGGCCCUUUUCAGG